UGCUUCAUUCCUUUUGUAACCAAAAAAAAAAGGUAUCUGCUGCUCUUUCUCACACGUUGGACUUCUUCUCCUACCUUGUUAGUUGGUUUUCUUAGAGAGAGAGAGAAUGAUGUAUAUUUGUACUCCAGAAGUAGUUAUAUGAAUGAGUGCAUGAGAACUCCACCUUCUCUGCUAUCUCUCUCUAUUGACUCAGCUCUGCGAUCUCUUCUUGGAAAACUACAAAGACGACUAGUUUGUCUCUUCGCCUAACUCAGACAGUCGGACCCUAUGCUUGGGCGCCUUCUGAAUUACAUAUGGACUCCACCAAACUAUUAUCCCUCUUAAGAACAUGCAUCACUUCGAAGUCGCUGAGACCAGGCAAGCUCGUCCACCAAAAGAUACUCACUCAAGGCUUCCAAUACAACACCCUCUUGUGCAAAAACCUCAUAGACUUCUACAUCUCUUGCCAUUUAUGCCCUUCUGCAAAGCUUGUUUUCCAAUCCAUUGAAAACCCAUCCAACAUUUCCUUGUGGAAUUCUCUCAUGACGGCUUACACCAAGAACCUCAUGUUCAUUGACGCUCUUGAGCUCUAUGAAAGGUUACUGUGUUACCCCUAUAUGGGUCCUGAUAGUUACACCUACCCAAGUGUUCUCAAGGCCUGCGGUGCAUUGGGUAGGGUAGGUCUUGGAAAGAUGAUCCAUAACCAUUUGAUAAAGACUGGUUUCAUAUCAGAUAUCGUCGUGGCAAGUUCCCUUGUGGGAAUGUAUGCGAAAUGCAAUGUGUUUGGUCCUGCAAUUCAGCUGUUUGAUGAAAUGCCUGAAAGAGAUGUGGCAUGUUGGAAUACUGCGAUUUCUUGUUAUUAUCAAAAUGGGCAAGCUCAGAAGGCAAUGGACUUGUAUGAGAAGAUGAGGAGUUCUGGCUUUGAGCCUAAUGUAGUAACGAUCACUACUGUUAUUUCAUCAUGUGCAAGACUUUUGGAUUUGGAGAGAGGUAGGGAGAUUCACAAGGAGUUGAUACAAAAUCGAUUCGUUUUGGAUUCCUUUGUUAGUUCUGCUUUGGUAGACAUGUAUGGGAAAUGUGGAUGUAUAGAUAUGGCAAAAGAGAUUUUUGAACAAGUCCCAAGAAAGAAUGUCAUCGCUUGGAAUUCCAUGAUUGCAGCCUAUAGUGUAACAGGUGACAGUAAAUCUUGUAUCGAUCUUUUUAGAAGGAUGACUGAUGAAGGAACUAGUCCCUCUUUGAUUACUUUUAGCAGCAUUUUGUUGGCUAGUUCAAGAUCGGUCCAAUUUCAACAUGGAAAAUUCGUGCACGGAUAUAUGAUAAGAAACUAUGUAGAGGCUGAUAUCUAUGUUUACAGUUCGCUUAUUGAUCUCUACUUUGUGUGUGGAAGUAUCUCGUCUGCUAAAAAUGUCUUUGAAAAGAUGUCCAAGACAAAUGUAGUUUCUUGGAAUGUUAUGAUUUCUGGAUACGUGAAAGUGGGAAAUUAUUUCAGGGCUCUAGGGUUAUAUGAUGAGAUGAAAGAAGCUGGUGUAAGGCCAAACGCCAUCACGGUAACUAGUAUCCUAUCGGCUUGUUCACAACAAACAGCACUGGAAAAGGGUAAGGAGAUUCACAGAACUGUUGUUGAUAGUGAGUUGGAAACCAAUGAAAUAGUCAUGGGGGCUCUCCUUGACAUGUAUGCUAAAUGUGGUGCGGUGGAUGAAGCACGUAAUGUUUUCAAUAGAUUACCAGGUAGAGAUCUUGUGUCAUGGACAUCCAUGAUCACGGCUUAUGGGUCUCAUGGUCAGACUAAAGAAGCUUUAAAGCUUUUUGAUGAAAUGCAACAAUCCAAUGAAAAACCAGAUGGAGUUACUCUUCUUGCAGUGCUAUCUGCUUGUAGCCAUGUUGGAUUAGUUGAUGAAGGUUGUUGCUAUUUCAAUAAAAUGAUCGGUGAAUAUGGGAUUGAACCGAGAAUAGAACAUUACUCUUGCUUAAUAGAUCUUCUUGGCCGUGCUGGUAGGUUGAAUGAAGCUUACCAAAUCAUCCAAAGAACUCCACAAAUUAGGGAGGAUGUUGACUUGUUAAGUACACUAUUUUCUGCAUGUCAUUUGCACGGAGAUCAAGACUUGGGUGUAAAAAUUGCAAGAUUGCUAAUUGAGAAGAAUCCUGAUGAUCCUUCAACAUAUAUUAUGUUAUCACAUAGUCUUGCUUCUGGAAACAAAUGGAAUGAGGUGCGGAAGGUGAGACUAAAGAUGAAAGAAUUGGGAUUAAGGAAAAAUCCUGGGUGUAGCUGGAUUGAGAUUAACGAGAGGAUUCAGCCUUUCUUUGUUCAAGACCAGUCCCACCCAGAAUCCGAAAUGGUAUAUCAGUGUCUCAAACUUCUCAAGAGUCACAUGGAGGGAGAUGAGUUAUUUCCACACUGGGGAUCAGCAAUAUUUCAUACUAUAUAGAAGCAUUUACUUGAAUUUGAGCUCAAGGUAGGAUUAGGAGAUUAAGAAUUGGUACAUGACAGUGUUUGGUUAUGAGAACUAAUACGAAUUGGGGUGUAGCAGUGAGAUGCAUUUUGUUUUGUGAGGAGAAGAAGAAAUGUCUUAAACGGAUAGGUUUUGCCAUGGUUUGUGAGAUUAUUUUGUAAUGGUUUAGAAUCUUGAGUACGACUAUGCCUUCCUGAAUCUUUGUUUAGCACAGUGGAAUUACGCAUGCACAAAAAAGUCCUAGAACUUAUGCACAGAGAAGUUCUCCUUUGAGUUCUCUAUUUGGGAGUAAUCAUAGAUUUUACUUAAAAUUUUCAAUAGGCAAUAAGCAUCACAGGUUUAACUUCCAUAACACUGUCUACUUUGCCAAAACACCAGAGGUUGAGAGAGAGU